AUUGUAUAGAUGGAUAUUAUGGCGAGAGGUGCACUGCACCUUGUCCAUCCAACUGUCAAAACUCCAGAUGUCAGAUCUACACUGGACAGUGCUACUCAUGCACUGCUGGCUACUAUGGAGAAUUUUGUAAUCAAACUUGCCAGACUGGCUAUUUUGGUGAAAAUUGUUUCCGGGCUUGUCCGAGUGGUUGCCAGAACUUGUCAUGUGACGCUGUUAGUGGCCAGUGUUCCAGCUGUAAACCUGGCUAUCGUGGCCAUUUUUGUGAUAGCUCUUGCCAGACUGGCUAUUUUGGUGAAAAUUGUUUCCGGGCUUGUCCGAGUGGUUGCCAGAACUUGUCAUGUGACGCUGUUAGUGGCCAGUGUUCCAGCUGUAAACCUGGCUAUCGUGGCCAUUUUUGUGAUAGCUCUUGCCAGACUGGCUAUUUUGGUGAAAAUUGUUUCCGGGCUUGUCCGAGUGGUUGCCAGAACUUGUCAUGUGACGCUGUUAGUGGCCAGUGUUCCAGCUGUAAACCUGGCUAUCGUGGCCAUUUUUGUGAUAGCUCUUGCCAGACUGGCUAUUUUGGUGAAAAUUGUUUCUGGGCUUGUCCGAGUGGUUGCCAGAACUUGUCAUGUGACGCUGUUAGUGGCCAGUGUUCCAGCUGUAAACCUGGCUAUCGUGGCCAUUUUUGUGAUAGCUAUUGUGAGGUAGGGAGAUAUGGAGAGAGUUGUCAGAACCAAUGUCCUAGCUCUUGCAAAAAUUCCAGCUGUUCUGCUAUAACUGGGCACUGUAGCGAGUGUCUUGAAGGGUUUGAGGGAGAAUUUUGUCAAUUUUGUGUUGUAGGAUUAUAUGGGCCUAUGUGUAAAGAAGCGUGUCCUGUCAACUGCAAAAAAUCCAUAUGCAAUGUGACUACAGGCGAAUGUGCUAGCUGUAGCACUGGCUACCUAGGGCGGUUCUGUAACAACACCUGCCCUAAUCGGACGUAUGGCGAGAUGUGUCUGUGGAAUUGUUCAAGUCAAUGUCGACAGUGUAACGUAUCCAAUGGCUACUGUCAGGAAUGUUACUCUGGGUUUUCUGGUUAUUUCUGUGAAAAACAGAUCAACUCAGCUGCUAGUUUGGGUUUGGCGAAAGAGGAUUUCAUCUUUGCCGGUAACAUCUUUAUCUACACCACCAUGGUUUUUAUCAUGACAACGAUCCUCCUCUUUUUCCUGCUACUUAGAAGAUCCAGAAAGUGGACACCAGUGUCCCACCGUGACGUCACAGUAGAGACCACGAAAAUCACGCGCCACAGCGAUCAGGAAAAAUUAAAAGAUUUUGGUCAAAUGUUGAAAACUGGAACUUAGAUGGAACGCGGUAUCGAAUCUCAUUUUAGCGUGAGGAACGUUCAAGGCCAAUAAAUUACCAAAGCGUUCAUACUUUUAUAUUUUGUUUUUAGUUUUUACCACUGCUACAGUGUUUCUUCCAGACAUUUUUUUCUUCGGGGGGGGGGGGG